CGAGCUCAUGAUUCUCAGUGUGACAGCACGCACACUAACACGCACCCCCACCCCCAUUCUCUCUCAAUUUCAGCUUUAUGAGAUUCUUCAUGCUUCUUCUCUUCUUCUUCUACUACUACUACUACUUCUUCUUAUUCACACAUACCCCAUAGUAAAACCACCACCAUCACCACAACCAUAACCAGCUAUAGCAAGAUGAAGAAACAAGCACAUUCCUCGUGACUCGUGAAAACCGAAUAACUGAAAAACAAAAAAGUAACAAACCACAGUCACACUCACACACAUAACAACAACACUCUUCACCUUCUUAGAGGGGUUUAAAUCCCCUACGACGCACCACACACACACACUCACUCAUACUCACGCAAACGCAGCAACCUCAGAGUUAGUUAGUUGCACGCUUUCUCCGCCGGAGGUAUUUAUAUUAUAUGGCUUCCGACGGUGCUACAUCGGCGGCGACUAGCCGGAGGAAGCCGUCGUGGCGUGAGAGGGAGAACAAUCGGAGGAGAGAGAGGAGGAGGAGAGCUAUAGCGGCCAAGAUCUACGCUGGUUUGCGAGCUCAGGGGAACUAUAACUUGCCGAAACACUGUGAUAACAACGAGGUGCUUAAAGCUCUCUGUGCUGAAGCUGGUUGGGCCGUUGAAGAAGACGGAACCACGUAUCGCAAGGGCUGCAAGCCACCGCUGGCCAAUAAUGGUGCAGGCACUUCCUCCAGAAACACACCUUUCUCUUCACAGAAUCCUAGUCCUCUGUCUUCAUCUUUUCCAAGUCCAAUUCCUUCCUACCAAGUCAGUCCUACUUCCUCCUCUUUCCCGAGCCCUUUCCGUUUGGACGGAGAGAACACAUCGAACCUCAUUCCAUACCUUCGUAAUGCUAUUCCUGCAUCCCUCCCUCCUCUAAGGAUAUCAAAUAGUGCCCCUGUGACACCACCACUCUCAUCGCCAACUUCAAGAAAUCCUAAACCGAUUCCCACAUGGGAAGCUAUUGCAAAAGAAUCCAUGUCGUCUUUUAGUUAUCCUUUCUUUGCAGCUUCAGCCCCCGCUAGCCCCACACACAGACAAUUUUACACCCCGGCAACUAUCCCGGAAUGUGACGAGUCGGAUACUUCCUCCACCAUUGAGUCUGGCCAGUGGCUGAAAUUCCAAGCAUUUGGACCCUCUGCAUCGGCGAUGCCAACAUCUCCAACCUUCAAUCUUGUUAACCCUGUAGCGGCUCAGCACUAUGUGCCUGAUAAAGCAAUCCAAGGGCUGAGGAUAAGUUCCGCAGAAGAGUUUGGGGUACAGCCACAGGUAAAGCCUUGGGUCGGAGAAAAAAUUCAUGAGGUAGGAUUGGAUGAUUUGGAGCUUACACUUGGAAGCGGAAAAGCACGGAGCUAAGCUGCUAGUGUGUUGUUACCUCAUAUGGAUUAUGUAAGAAUGAGACUACAAGAUUGCCUUUGGUGAUUGGUUGUUCAUCCAACUCAGUGCUAAUGAUCAAGUAACAGUUACCUCAUCCAGCUAUGCUGGUGCAAGUAGCAUAACUUAUUUAUUGGAAACUGAAUUAUAUUGGAUAUUAUGGGCAUGCUUUUUAGUAAAAAAGGGUUCAUGGUUCAUGUCUUUCCAUGCCUUGGUAAAACAUAGAUAUUAUGAUUUCACCUCCUCCAUUUAGUUAUUAAGGCAUCAAUCUUUCAGAACGCCUCUGCAGGCAUUAGUUUUAGACGCAGUUGAUGGUUUGGAUUAAAAAUUUCAGGUUCUGUCAAGGUUAUUGUCACUCAAAUUCAGAUUAUUUGUUGAUGUCAUACCUUUAAAUUAUAUUAUUCUUCUUUUUUAAUUAUGUAUCAAUGAUUCAUGUGAUUCUAUUUGUUUAUUUUUACUAAGAAAAUUUGCAGUGAGCUCAUCAGCUCAAAGUGAAAAGUUGUCUAUUUUGUUUUUCUAUCUUGUUGACUGAAUACAACAAAGAGACCCCUACAUGGUAUGAACAGUGAUUACACAUAUUAAGUGGUGUUAUAAGUAACAAUGGCUGAAGCUAUGUAAAACUCUUAGAUUUAGUUUUUGGGUUGGUGGACUGUAUAAUACAUGAUGAAUUUUGCAGGUGUUGGGUUUUUACAUAAAGAAAUGUGAGGUUUUUGGUACUUUCAUGCUUCUAAUAAGGGAAUAUGGUUUUUUCCUUGGGCAUUUGUGAAUUCUCUGUCUCAUGGAGAGUUUCAGUAAUGAUUUAUAUUAUUUUUGGUACUUUCAUGGUUGAAUGGGAAAAGUGGUCAUUUGCUUCUUUGUUUGACUGCCUCAAAAGUUCCCCCAUUUGCUACCCCAGUAUGAUUCCUACACAAAUAUCAAAGGCAUGUAAAUUUAGUAGCUAAAUCUCAGCAUGGCUGUAGUUUGCGUAAAGAUGUUUGAUGAGGCUAUACCAGAAAAUUUCUAGUCAUAUUUGAUGUGAUCACUGCUCAUUUUAUGGAACUGCUGAUGAAUCCUUUUGGUAAGUAUCAUAUGCAGAAGUUGUUGAAUGUCUGUUCACUGUAACGACCAGAGGGUGAAGAUCCUCAAGAUAAAUUAAGAGUUGUGACAGCAUCAAAGAUCUAUAAUGGAUAUCAAGAAGUGGUUCUGUAUUGUUCGGAAUUGGUAAACAAUAAAGAUGAAAAGGUACAUCUACUUCUUUCUCAAGUAUUGAAAUUUGAUUUGCUUAAUAAUCUUGGGCUGGUUGUUAUGGAUGAAACAGAUAUCUGUAUGCUUAAUUAGAUAUGAGUAGUAGGUGGUUGUAAAAGCAUUUCUUGAAACAUUCCCGGAGGUGAGUGGCUCGAUAGGAGCUAUUUUUCAGUUUACUAAGCUAUGAGUCAUUGAUUGACCUUAUUGUUUAGAGCUAAGGGCUCAGUGAGCUUCAGCUUAGGAAGCAUCAACUCGAUUACUUGGGUUUUAGUCUUGAACAUUCCUCUCCAAGCACAAGCACCUUAAGGUGUGUUUGAGUUGUGGUUCCGGGUGUAAGAUACUUUUAAGGAUGUAAAAUUAACUCAUAAUUGCUCUUGAAAUCCUACCAUUCCUUUACUCUGACAAA